CAAAGCUGAAUUGGAGGCUUUGGGAAUUAAGAUUGCCUAAACCACCAUCAGCUGUUACCCAAAAUGCCCUUCUAAGCUCGCGCAUUCUAUCAUACCUACUAUAGCUCAGUCAAUAAGCCAAAGUCUAGCCUUAUCCGAGCGACCAAAUUCCAACAGGAUGUCUCUUGAAUAUCAUGCUCCUUCUGGACAAGGCCCUACUUCCGGACAGGCCGACAGAGACCCUGCAAGACGCAGUCAUACCGGAAAACGCCCGAAAAAGAUCUUCAAUCCACUACAGCGGGGCAUACAAGACUUCGUGACAAACCAUCUAUCACCAUCAACACUUUCCAACUACGGCCUCUCCCCAGAAACGCUAUCAUCGUCACUCCCAAAGCGCUUCACCGCAUAUGAACCGCUACUCUUGCUUCCCGCAAAUGCGUUCAGCAUCCCAGCACCAUGGGGCUCACUCUACCAAGACCUAGACGCCCAGCAACGCCAUCAGCUCUACGAGUCCCUAGCAGCAGCAUUCAGCCACAUGGGUGUGACACACAUCGCGAUCAACGCCCCCAUCGCACCCACUGACACUCAAGGGCACGAGAAUCGCAUGCGAAGCCCCGUGGGCCUGAUCCCCUUGCACGGAGACUUCGGGCCCCCGCCAUCAGGAGACGGCGAAGAAGCGCAGCCGAGUGAGCUCGAUUUCCAGCAUGCGCUGUGGGUGCGCACGGUGCAGAACCACGGGAUCGUGCAGAUCUGGGCGCCGCUGUACACCAUGUUCUCGCGGGGCAACAUCACAGAGAAGGCGCGGAUCCUGGGCGCGUUUGAGGGGCUCGAUGAGGGCUCGCUUGCGGGGCAGGAGGUUGGGGAUGUUGCUGUUGUUGAUAUGUAUGCGGGAAUUGGGUACUUUGUUUUCUCGUACUUGAAGAAGGGGGUGAGGAGGGUGUGGGGGUGGGAGAUUAAUGGGUGGUCUGUGGAGGGGCUGAGGAGGGGAUGUGUGGAGAAUGGAUGGGGUUGCAGGGUGGUUGCUGUUCGGGAUGGCGCUUUAAAUGUGUCUGUGCAGGAGUUGGUUGAGAGUCUUGACGACCAGACCAGGGUGGUUAUCUUCCAUGGUGACAACAAGCACGCUGCCAGGAUUUUGAGUGACGUGCAGCGGGCGACAGAGGCAACGCGCCCUGGUGAAUGGAACAGCAUCAGGCACGUUAAUUUGGGCCUCCUCCCGACAUCCCGUGCGGCGUGGGAUAACGCCUGUAGCAUGGUCGAUGCUCAGAGGGGUGGGUGGCUGCACGUCCAUGAGAACAUUGAUAUACAGGAAGUCGAGCAGAAGAAACAGGAAUUUACUACAGAGCUCCAAAGGAUACGAUCCCAGGCUAUCAAUUCGCCUGCCAUUGCUGAGUGCCGCCAUGUUGAAUUUGUGAAGACCUACGCGCCGGGGGUCAUGCACUGUGUCUUCGAUGUAAGACUGUCGUCCCCAUCCGACAACGGUCCGAAAUAA